AUGUGGGCGUUAUUGUGUGAUUACUCGCGGUCGCAGGCGGGCGUAACGGUACUGGAUAUCGGCACGGGCACUGGCAUCUUGGCUGUGUUGGCGGCGAGGGCGGGUGCUUCGCACGUGUAUGCCUGCGAGGUGAACAGUGUCUUGUGCGACGUCGCGAGGGAAGUCUUGGAGAGGAACGGGGUUGCCGACCGCGUGACGGUGAUCCACAAAUCGUCAGGGGCCCUGCAGCUAGGCGUGGACCUACCCGAAGGCGGAGUGGACGUAAUCGUCACCGAGCUGGUUGAUUCCGGCCUCUUGGGAGAAAAAAUAAUCCCCGUUCUCACCGACGCGAGGGCGCGAGGACUUGUGGCGCGGGGGGGACGGGUUGUCCCCGAGCCCGGGAGCUUGUGUCUACGCGGCGGUUCUCGAGUCCGAUGCCGUCCGGAGGCGUUCGAGACUACUUCCGGGCAAUCCGGGAGGGCUGUCUUCGGCAUCGGUCUGCCCAACAAUAGAAGAACCGUACACCUGCGAGGCAAGCGAACAAUCCCGCACUAUACAAGGCUGCCAAGAAAUCUAGACCUUGGGCGUCUGGAACAUCGGCUCCUGACCUCUCCGCAGCCGGUGCUCGAGGUCGAUUUCUUGAAGGAUGGUGCAGACCUUCUGGCGCGCGCAGCAACGUGCUCGCCGCAGGGCGUUCCGGCGGCACUCGGAAUGCCUCCUCCCUCGGCGAUCGCAAACCUCGCGGUGAAGUGUUCGGGUCGUGCAGACGCGGUCGCCGUUUGGUUCGACCUUUGGCUGGAUAAGGAGCGAGGGGAGCGCGACGUCGUCAGCACCAGGCCGGGACGAAGCGCCCCCGGUGACGCGUCCGGCUGGGACGCCGGGAUCUACUUUGCGCACGGGGCGAACUUGACAGAAGGAAGCGAAGCAAGUUUGGGAGCUUCCUCAAGGGUCGACAGACUUUGCUUCACCGUUAACGGGCAGGGAGGACUCUUCCACCAUUCCGUCGUCGCUGCCGAGCCGCCAAGCGAAGUUAUCGACCGCGGCAUCGGCGACAGAACUGUGGGCGAAGGGAACCUUAGGACUGCCUACAACAGCAAUGGGCCAGUUUAUCUGGGGGAGAUGGAUAUGGCCAGGCUUAAUGACGGGCCCUUCCACUCCUCGCAAGCAAAAGCUGUGGCGGAAGCUCUAGUGGCCCAAGGCAUGGAAAUCAGCAUGCCUGCCGCCGCGCGACAGGGUCCAAGGUCGAGCUCAGUUGCAUCCUCGUCGCAGACGCCGGCGCAUCACUCGCCGCCGCCGGCCUUCGUCCUCGACCUGUGCGGUGCGUGGGGUGUGGCUGGGUUGCUCGUGGCCAACAUGGAGCGGAGUGCUGACGGAACACCUGCGACAAGGGUUCUUGCUGUCGCUGAAAGCGAAGAGUCUGCCGCGAUUCUGAACACGAUCGCGAGAGAGAACGGCCUCGGACCAGACCGGUACGUGGCUACGGCGGACGGGCUCGUCGAUCUCGCGUCACGUGGUGGGGUUUUUGAAACGCCGACGGCUAAAGGCGCGAACGAACGGGCCAGCUCAAUGGCUACCCGUGAGCAAUGGGACAUCGGCUGGCCUGGCCGCGGGAGCGACUUGGGCUGGGCUGUGGUGAUGACGUCGUCGGUGGUGGAAGCGUCGGGGCUGUUGAAGCAGGGGGGACUUGGGGGCCUGGAAUUGUGUCGACAUUUUGUGUCCGGCGGCAACAACGGGAGCAGCGGAGGGCGUGAUGACAGAAGUACCGCACCAACAGCCUUCGUGCCGGGACGUCUGGAAGUGGUGUGCCAAGGCCUCCAACGGGCGUCCCUUUUGUCCGAGAAUAGGGUUCAAUCGGACAACUGCUGCGGUGUGAUCGUCGACCCCGUGAACGCGUUCAGCGUGGCGACUUUCAGAGAGCUCGACCUUUCUGCUACCGCUCCAUGCGGCCACAGCGAGGGCUCCACACCAACAGCAAGGAACGAAAGGACGACUGGGGGUGGUGUGGACGCCGAGAGGAGCACUCGCUGCGUCCCAACUGAUGGCGAGAAGGGCAAGGGUCACGAGGAAGAGCAAGAGAUGUUUUUGACACCGUCAGCCGUGUGCUACGAGCUGGACCUUGCCAACGUGCAGGCAGGACCUGAUGGCUGUCUCGACAAACGAUCGGCCAGCCUGGUUGCGCAGCGCUCCGGGACUCUGCACGCGAUCGCGUACUGGUACCGGCAAACCCUCGGCGCGACGGUUGUGCUCGACACACAGCCGCGCGGUCACUCAGAAUGCAUCUCUGCGUCGUCUCACUUCAGGCAGGCUGCUGUCCUGCUUGAGAAGCCGAUCGAGGUGAAAACGGGUCAGUGCAUCGACAUGUGCGUAUUUUGCAACACCAGCAAGGGGGUCGUUGUCCAGGUAUUAGGCGUCACCGAGGGGACGGGGGCGGUUGGGGAUCAUAUGUGCAAAUCGUGA